GUUGCAGUUUUGGAUGAUGAACAAACAGAUAACAAAUUAGCAACCAACACUCAACAAUCAAUCAAUCAAUCAAUCAAUCACCCCUACACAGCUGAAAAUAUGAUUUGUUCUUCAUCAUCACUAUCGACUGCAAAUGGCGGUUUGCUACUGCAACAAUCAUCUUUCUCGAAUAAUCGACACUCUGCAACAGCAAUUAGGUGGGGUGUGAAAAGAGGGAUUGGAUCAGGCAACAAUAGAACCAAGAGCCAAGUAGCUAAUGCUAAUGUUACGAUAGCAAGUGGAAAGGGAAAGAAAGAGGUGAUUAUGGUUGACCCGGCUGAAGCAAAGCGUUUAGCUGCUAAACAAAUGGAAAAUAUCAAAAGGAAACAAACAUUUAAGAGGAGAAGACAAAUAGAAGCUAUUAACGGAGCAUGGGCUAUGCUUGGUCUUACAGCUGGUUUAGUCAUCGAAGGCCAAACUGGAAAUGGUAUUUUGGCUCAGUUAGCUGGAUACUGGGCAGCCGUGGUCAACAUUUUUGUAAGAUAACACACAAAGGUUAGCCUGCAGGGCUCUACAUGAAUCAGCUUCGAAUCUUUUACACUUGAUUCAUACAUAUUUGUUUAUGAUACAUCAAUGAAACAGGAAUUCAUUAAACAUUAUCCUGGAAACAAAAUGUUUUUGGAUAAUUAACCAUGUCUUUAAACUUUUUUUAUUAAGUAAAAAGAACCGAACCAGAUCGACGUAUAUA